AUGGUUGUUGACGGUCCGAGUUGUGACUGACUUAACAAGGCUGGCUAUGUAUAGCGCGGCUUAUGCUAUGUGCAUAAUGUUAAAAUUGGAUUGAAGGUCGUGGGACGAAGAGAAGGGUUGGGGAAUAAAAUCUGUUCUCUGUCCUUUGUCUUUUCUCCUUUCUCUUGGUAUGCUGAUUUUGGAUCUGAAUUUCGCUGUUAGUUCCAUAUUGUGAUAUCAGGUCAAAAUGUCACUGGACAAGUAUGUCGACUUUGAAGGUCCUGAUGACCCUCUUAACCCCCUCAACUGGCCCAUGAAAAAACGGGUAUACAUCUCAGUAUUACUAGGCCUCACCACCAUGAUCGUCGCAAUGGCCAGCAGUAUCUAUUCUGCCGCUAUGCCAUCCCUUAUGGUCAAAUAUAGCAUCAGCCAAGAGGUCUGCACGCUGGGUAUAUCGCUGUACGUCCUCGGUUUCGCGUCCGGUCCGCUAGUCUUUGGCCCCUUCUCCGAGCUCAAAGGCCGAUACCCAGCACUGGUUGUAUCCAUGUUUGGCUUCACGGUCUUCUGCUUCGCCACCGCCGUUUCAAAAGAUCUUCAAUCCCUCUUCACCCUUCGUUACUUUAGCGGAUUCUUCGGUGCCGGGCCCCUGACUCUGGCGGGUGCCGCAUAUGCGGACAUGUUCUCGCCGGAGCAGCGUGGUAUCGCCAUUGUCAUGUUCUGUCUGACUGUGUUUAUCGGACCGCUUGCGGCACCAUUUAUUGGUGGGUUCACCAUUAUGAAUAGUUCGCUAGGCUGGCGGUGGACGGCAUAUAUACCCGGUAUUCUUGGAGCAGCCGCACUUUUGCUGCUGGUCGUUUUUCUCAAUGAGACAUACCAACCUAUAAUACUGGCCAGGAAGGCAGAUCGAUUACGCCGUGAGACAGGUGAUUGGUCAAUCAGGGCUCAACAAGAGGAGUUGCGUCUUGAUCCAAAAGCAAUUGUCACAGAUUAUCUCGGUCUACCGCUCAAGAUGCUCGUCCGAGACCCUAUCGUGCUAUGCAUGAGUGUAUUUGCGUCCUUUGUGUACGGCCUUUUAUACCUUUUCCUCACAGCUUAUCCAAUCAUCUUUCAGAAAACCCACGGAAUGAACCCUGGGGUAGGUGGAUUGCCGUACAUCGGGGUCAUCGUGGGCCAGCUGUUUGGUGCCGCUGGAGUGGCCGCUACACAGCCAUGGGUUAUGCGAAAGAUGGAGCAGACUGGGGGCGUGAUGAUGCCUGAAUGGCGGCUUCCUGUAGCUAUCCCCGGGGCAGCAGCAUUUUCAGCGGGAUUAUUCUGGCUGGGGUGGUCGGGAUAUAAGCAGAGUGUGCACUGGAUUGUUCCGACAUUGUCGGGAUUGCUGACAGGAUUUGGGCUGUUGACGAUGUUUUUGCCGUCGUUGGCAUACUUAGUAGAGGCUUUUCCAAAGAGGUGAGCUUCAUCAUCAGGGAGUUUGGGGAGACCUGGCUAACUGAAGAACAGAGCCGCAUCGGCAGUGGCAGCACAUACCUUUCUUCGAUCUAUUGCGGGAGCCGUGUUUCCUCUUUUUGCAACCUACAUGUUUGAUGGAUUAGGCGUGGAAUGGGCUUGCACCCUGCUAGGGUGUGUGGGAGCUCUUUUGAUACCCAUUCCGCUGCUGUUGUAUAUUUAUGGAGCACGGAUUCGUAAUAAGAGUAAAAUGUCCCAGUGACGGACUUGGAGGGAUACAUCACAAGUAUCGAUUGAAUUCAAGUCUCCACUAUAGACAUGGCUCAAAAAGCAUCGGGAGUGGAAAGCCUGUUGGUCGCAUUGCAUAUAUUAGCAACUAAUAGAUAAUAGAUAGUUCAAGCAAAUACAAU